AGAAAUAAACAUGUGAGAGAGGGGAGGUGGGUUGAAAAACAGCAGCGCCCUGGGAGCGAAAUAGCCCCUAAGAAGUUGCAAACCUCUUUGGUGGAGGGAAGAACCAGACCUUAAGGUGGUCCUGGUGGAAGAAAGCUAAGCCUUUAGAAUAUGGCUAACGGAGAUCCCUGGACAGAGGUUCACAACCAGUAAGGAUUUUGAUUUCAAAGAGCCAGUGGGAAGGGAUUGCUUAGCCCGGACGGCCUGUUCCAUGCUCGUCAUCUCCCAUCAGCACAGCAAAAGAGACGCAUUAGGCUCUGCCGGCCAGAGAGAUUUUGUGGAGUAGGAGGCAUCGUGAUUCUGCUUCCAAGCAGUGGGGCUUGAACACAGGGACCUGUCUUUGCACCUUUGGGAGUAUGUCAACAUUGCUGCAAGCUGUAGAUGGGGCCACCGAUGGGAUACCACCGAGAGCUCUGGCUGGGACACCCAGCACAGAGAGUGGAGGAGAGAAUGGUGAGGUUUCUCAGUGCAAAUCUUCAGAUUCCAGCGGUGAGGAGGAGGCCAACGUUGGGAAGAAGAAGCCACGUAGGCAGAGGACUCAUUUCACCAGCCAGCAGCUCCAGGAGCUGGAGGCCACUUUUCAACGGAAUCGCUACCCGGACAUGACCACCAGGGAGGAGAUUGCGGGCUGGACCAAUCUGACAGAGCCCAGGAUUAGGGUUUGGUUUAAGAAUCGCAGAGCCAAGUGGCGGAAAAAGGAGCGUCAUCAGCAGACAGAACUCUGUAAAGGGGCGUUCAGCUCCCAGCUCAACGUCUUGACAAGGAACCCGUAUGAGGACCUUUACCCGACCUAUGCCUACAGUACCUGGGCUCCCAAGGGGCUGCAUGCCAACCCCAUCCAUAGCAAAGGGUUCCAGCUCUUCAACUCCAUGAACAUCAAUUCCUUUACACCCCAAGGUGUGUUCCCAGCAGCUUCAGCAGCCUCCACAUCUGGUGUCCCAUCUCUGGAAACCUUCAACAGUCUGGCAAGCCCUCCUGGGCCUCCCAGUUCACCGUAUGGACCGAGUGCAUCACAAUACUUGUACAGAGACCCCUGCAACUCAAGCCUGGCUGGUUUGAGACUCAGAGCAAAGCAGCCACAGGCCCCCCUCAACUAUGGAUCUCCUCAAAAUCCAGCCUUGGGCCCCAGCUCCAGCCACUACAAUUUGGACAGGCCAGUGUGAUGUUGGGGCCCAAAAGAAGGAGCCUGACUUGUGUUUCCUUCAAGCUCUUACUGGCAGUGGUUUCCGGGAAGGGUUUGCCUCCAUAAUUUCUCUGCAAGGGGCGAAUAGGAUUCAGCAGUCCUGGAAAGACGAGCAUGUCUAGCCUCUUCCAAUCUGGAUAUUGCCAGAUAACCUUCUUUCGUAAGACUCCUUUCAUGGAGACAGUGCCUUCUCUGAAACUCCAGAUCCUAAAGGCUACAAACUGCCAAUUUCAUUCUGAUUUAAUCUGAACCAAGUUGCGUCAGAUGCCCAAUGUGUUUUUAUUUCUUUAGUAGGAGGCCAGAGAAGGUGAAUGGCAGGACUUUGGUCAGGCAUAUAUUACUGUUAAAGGGGGGAGCUCAUCUGUUAUGACCAAAAGUAGAACCCCAAAUGAGGAGGAGUGGUGAGGGAACAGAGGAAAAGCAAAUCUGAGAAAGCCAGUAGGAGACUUGCGGUUGUGUUGGUUUACUGUUCUGAUCCAGUUAGGCCAGUUUCACCCAAUCCAUUUACUCAUUGAAGCCUCAGAUAGUCAUUCCCAAAUCAGACUGCCUCUCCAUCAUUGGAGCAGGAAGCAUUUGAUCUCCGGGUUGUGGGUUCACGGCCAGUGUUGGGCGAAAGAUUCCUCAGUUGCAGGGAGUUGGGCUAGAUGGCCCUGGUGGUCCCUUCCCUCUACAAUUCUAGGAUUCUAAGGUUGAGGGGACUCUGGGCAAAAUGAUGGUGCUCCCUUUCACCACAUAUGCCUACCGUGGGGGCCCUUUUACAAUAUGUACUGGGGGUGGGUUUCCUGAAACAUCUUGGUUCACCACCUCCCAAUGCCCUUGAAGUUGAGUUGUUCCAGGGCCACUAUAGAGGAAUAAAAUGACCACAAAAUAUGAUAAUGCUGGGGUUGCUGUGUUUUUAUGGCAGUGGUCUUUUUUGGGGGAAGGAGAUGCUUUCCUCACACUCAGCCUCUUCCAUUGAUAAGUUUGGUGGGUCCCUCCGCAGCUUCAGGACCUGCUGAAACCUUUGCAACCUCUUCCCCCCCCCCCCGAGAUUAUUUAUAUCCAACACGUUUUGAAGAUUUGGCCAAAUUUAACAUUUCUUCUUUUCAUUAUCAAAAGGGGGGAAACCAUCUCUGCAAAGCUAAGAGGGUAGGUCAUUGUAGUUUUCUUCCACUAAACAGCCACAACAUCUCCACCCUCAUGUAUGUCCUAUAAACUAUGUCCUAUAAGCUAAUCACUGCCUGAUUGCAUUGAACUACUCAGGAUUGCUCUGAG